AUGGAAGUCGGCGAAGUAUCAGUGCCAGAAACUUCAAAUUUCAGUAAAAUUUAUGAUACCUUACAAGCAAACCCCUAUUUCAACGCUGGAGCCGGUUUAGCAGGAAUCGGUCUAGCAAUGAAUGUUCUCCGAAGAUCCGCGCAAAUCGGCAACACUUAUUUCCGCCGACGAUUCAUGAUCACCCUUCAAAUCAACAAUGAAGAUGCAGCCUAUCCCUGGCUCCUAGACUUCAUCAAUAAACGAAGUGCACAACAAACCAGAAAUCUUUCCGCGAAUACAAUUGUCCAGCAAGCCGAAAGUGGUAAAACCGAACUGUCGAUUUCAUUUUUACCCGGUCACGGUCAACAUUUUUUCGUUCACAAUUAUCGCUGGAUAAAAGUCGAAAGGCAGCGAGAAAAACAAGUCAUUCAAAGAGACGGAAUUCGAACACCUUUUGAAACUGUGACUUUAACAACCCUCGGAUCAGAUGUGACUUUUUUCAAAAAAAUGUUGCAAGAAUCGGCGAAAGAUGCAAUUGAUAAUGUAAGAUUUCAGAAACUUACUUAAACUUUUUUUUCGAAAACAAAAAACUUCAGACUCAAACUGGUCUUGUGAUCUACCAAGCUGUCGGUCCACAAUGGCUGCGUUUCGGAAUUCCCCGAAAAAAGCGCGACAUUCAAAGUGUCAUUCUCGACAAAAACAUCUGUCAGGAACUUUGUCAGGAUUUCGAGGAAUUCACCAAAUCCUCAAAUUGGUAUGCUGAUCGAGGAGUUCCCUAUAGAAGGGGCUAUUUGUUCUAUGGUCCUCCGGGAACUGGAAAAUCGAGUUUUAUUUCGGCGUUGGCUAGUCAUUAUGGUUAUAGUGUUUGUUUGUUGUCAUUGAGUGAACGAACUUUGGAUGAUGAUCGAUUGAAUCAUUUGUUGAAUACAGCUCCGCCGAAUUCGGUGGUUAUCUUGGAAGAUAUUGAUGCGGCUUUUGUUAGUCGAGAAGAUCCAAUGGCCAAUCAUCCGGCUUAUCAAGGAAUGUCACGGUUAGCAUUUUUUUGUAUUAGAGAAUCAGCGUUGGAAAAUCCUGGUUCUAAAACACACCUCGGCCAAAAUCGUGGUUUCCACAAUAAAAAAUUGCACGAUAACUCUUUACAGUACGAAAAUUGUGAAUUUUUCAGUUUUUUUUCCUCUAAAAUUUGUGAUUUUUCAAUAUUUGACCUCUAAAAAUUGAAAUUCAGAUUUUUCCAAAAAUUUUACUCUGGCCAGCCACGGCUUGGCCGAUGUAUGUUCUAAAAAUUAUGAUUUUUCAAAAAUCCACGUGUAUUUUUAUUUUACAAUAUUCGGAUCAAUCUUAUUUUUCGGAUACUUUCGGAUCAGACCAAAAUUCAAAAAAUAAAUUUAAAAAUUUCAUAUACAACCCAAAAAUAGGCAAAUUUUCGAGAGUGUCCCAAAAUAUUUGUGCAGUGUGGAAAUUUUUGCAAAAAAAAUUGUGAAGCGUGAAAUUUUGAAUUUUUUGAAAAUUUUCAUCAAAAUCCGCUGAAAAUCAAUGAAAACUACACUUUUUUGUGAAAAAAUGUACAGUGUGACGUUUGAAAAUUUUUGUACAGUGUCCAUUUUGGACAUGUCUCGUCAGGUGUGACUCCAAAUCUUGAUGAAAUUUUGUCCAUGGACAGCUUUUGGGGUCAUAAGAACACCUUGAAAAUUUAAGGACCUCAGCCAAGUUUUGGGCUCUCAAAAUUCAAUUCUCAAUCAUUUUUUAUGAAAAACUGAGUAGCAGAUGAUGAUCAGCGUGGUCGAUUUACCCUAAAUCGAAUUUUCAGAAAAAAUUUUGAUUUUGGAAAAAGGUAUGAAUUUUCAGCCAAAAAAUAAAAAAACUUCAAAAUUUUUCGAAAAAAUCUUGCUGAUCAAUAUCUAAAACUUUAUUUCUGACAAAAAUUAUUUUAAAAUGGAGCAAUUUUGAACUUUUGAGAGCCCAAAAUUUGGCCCAGAGAUCCUAAAAAUUUUAGGCUGUUCUUAUGGCCCCAAAAGCUGUCUAUGGACAAAAUUGCAUCAAUAUUUGAAGUUUUGAGUAGAAAAGUUUCCCUUGUGAAACUUUUAUGACAAGAAAAGCCUGAUGUAUUUUUUCAUUUCAAAUUUUGAAUUAUAGAAAUUUCUGGUUAUUUUUGUUGUGCUGACAAGUUUCCAAUUUUCAUUCGGAAAAUUCAAAAAUUACUGAUUUUUCUUCAAAAAUCCACGUGAAUUUUGCAAUUUUUCAAAUGAAAAAAUGGAAGCCACGUGGUUUCCUGUAGUGCCCAGAAUAAUAAAGUCACCCGUAUCACUAUUAUGCCAGAACACACUUUCACACGAUUUUUAAAUUUAGAAAUGCCCAAAACCGUUUUUUUCAUCUACACGUUUACCGUGACAUUUGACGUGGCAAAACGAAACGAAAAAUAAUUUUCCAUCUUUUUCCAGUGUCACAUUUUCUGGUCUUCUCAACGCAUUAGAUGGUGUUGCUUGUGCUGAAGAGCGCAUCACAUUUAUGACAACAAAUUAUGUGGAAAGACUGGAUCCGGCUCUAAUUCGACCGGGAAGAGUUGAUCGCAAACAAUAUUUUGGAAAUGCCACCGAGGAUAUGUUGAGAAAAGUUAGUUUUCCUAUUUUUGUUUUCAUUUAAAAAAAUUCCAAAAAAAAUUUCCAGAUGUUUCUUCGAUUUUAUCCAUCUUCUACGUCUUCACAAGCCGAUCUUUUUAUAAAAUCGAUAAAAUCCACCGAAAAUUUAUCGCCGGCUUCGAUUCAGGGACAUUUUUUGCUUUAUAAGGAUAAUCCGAUGGAUGCAAUUGAUAAUAUUCAUAGGAUUUUUGAUUAG